UUGGGCGAGUGGGGCACGGUCAGUUUCUGGGGAUUUUUCACCAAAAUUGCGUCAGUUCUCUUUCAAGCAUUCAGGAAAGAGUCUUCCAAAGAACACUUGAGCUGCUUUUUUGAAGUGCAAUGUUUCAAAAUGUCGCAGAAGCAAAAAAGUUUAUUGGCAAAUCCCUUCAGCCAGCACGACCUGUGCAUCACCUGUCUUCUCAACAAGCAUCAGCCAUUGCAUUAAACAUUCAGACUGAGUUACCUGGCAGCGCUGAAGUAUGUUUGCAGAAUAAGGUUAACUGGUCAUCUGAAAUGACUGAAGUGAAGAUCUUAACUCAAACUGUGAUGCUCUGUCAACCAAAACAACAUGAAUCAGGAGCAAGAAAAGAAAGGAUCCAAUACAGCAGAGAUUUCCUUCUGAAGCUUUCAAGUGUUUCUCUCUCUCAGAAGAAGCCAGAGUUUCUUCCUGAUCAUCCGGUUGUACUUGAGAAGCCAGUAAAGAACAAACCUUUUAUUGACUUAUGCAAGAAGUGACAUGUUGUUUGGAAAAUCAGAAAUCCAUCAAUGAAGGAGCUACAUAUGAUGUAGGUCUUCAAAAUUUUUGGAGGUAUUUGGGUGCCUGCAGAUGGAAAUAGGACCCUGUGAAAUUUUAAAGAAUGCCUCUUUCUUCCUGUCAUUGCCUGAAUGCUUUAAGAG